AUGGACACAAGAGAAAAUGGUGCAUUAUCACGUCGUCCUCAAGAAUCAGGACAUGCUUUUCGAGAAAAGCACAAUAUUGUUCAAAAUUUCAAAAAUAAUAUGAUGAUGGCAAAAUCCCGCUUGCCUCAUCCAAUUACAUGUAGACACUGCAAUGCAAGAUUGUUUCAUCAUGAAUCACGUGACACGUGUUGUAAUGGUGGAAAUGUAUCAUUCUCACGAGUUGAUGCUCCUAUAGAAUUGCAACAAUUAUUUUUGGAUGGUUCAGCUGAAGGAAAACAUUUCAGGCAACAUAUUCAAAGUUAUAACCAUGUGCUUUCAUUCACUUCAAUUGGUGUUCACGUUGAUGAGAAUAUUCUUGCAUCUGGUCGUGGUAUAUACACAUUUCGUGCUCAAGAUUAUAUGGAUUAUGGAAGGGAUAUUAAUGUCAUUCGUUGUGAUGGAAAUCUCAAGAAAGUUCAGGAGACAAAGGGAUAUUAUGAUCCUUUGCAAUAUCCUAUUCGCCCAAAUGAUCAAUCAAUGUUGUUAAACGCGGGUCGACUGUUGCAACAAUAUGUUGUAGACAAUUAUGUCAAAAUUGAAUCAGGGAGAUUAAGGUGGAUUAAAGAGCACCAAAGUGAUAUACGUUCUGAAUUGUACCAAGGUUUACAUGAUGCUUUGCAUGUUGGUGAAACUAAUGCAGGUACAAAUUCAUAUAGCAUAAAUAUACAGUUUCAGAUUAAUAAUUAG